AUGCCAGUCCCAUUGGCUUUAGCAGCUCCAGUAGCAUUGGCUGGGCUGGCAUACUUCAAUGCGAAGCUUUCUCUGAGCUACGAUUAUCAGUUAUUGGGUGCUGCAAUAAAAUCAUACGCCUUUACUAAUCGAAGGGAAAAAGAAGAUCGUCUGAAUAUGUGGUACAUCCUCGAAGAACAUGCCCAAGGAAAUUUCGCAAACGAUACAUUCAUAAUAUUUGAAGGCAAGAAAUGGACAUUUAAGGAAACAUAUGAUAUGGUUCUGAAAUAUGGAACAUGGUUAAAGAAUACGCACAACAUCAAGCCAGAUGAAAUUGUUGCCAUGGAUUUCACCAACUCGGAUAAAUUUUUCUUCUUGUGGUUUGGAUUAUGGAGUAUAGGCGCCAAACCAGCUUUCAUCAAUUACAAUCUAACGGGGAAAGCGUUGUCACAUUGUGUCAAAGUCUCCACUGCGAGACUAUGUAUUGUCGAUCCAACAGUUGAAGAGAAACUCACUCAGGAAGUUCGAGAUGAACUUCCUGAUAUCUCAUUCCAAUUUCUCACUCCUGACAUAGAAGCUACUAUCAAUUCCACAGAAGGUGUUCGAGAGCCUGAUUCUACAAGACAUCAACAAACAAAAUCAAUGAUCGGAAUGCUGAUAUACACCAGUGGGACUACAGGUUUUCCCAAACCUGCAGUUCUUGCCUGGGGAAAGGCAAAUUUUGGAUCGACUAUCAUGCCGAUAUGGAGCGGAUAUCGUCGACCUGAUGUGCUAUAUACUUGUAUGCCUAUGUAUCAUACCGCCGCUAGUGUCCUUGCUGUAUUGGCAACUCUGAACAUGGGCGCAACAAUCUGCAUUGGCAGAAAAUUCUCCACCAAAACAUUCUGGAAAGAAGUUCGAGAAUCAAAAGCAAACAUUAUUCAAUAUGUUGGCGAAGUUUGUCGCUAUCUCCUAUCCGCACCCUCUCAAUACGACCCUGUGACAGGCGAGAAUCUCGACAAAAAGAACGACGUCAGAAUGGCGUUUGGCAAUGGCUUGAGGCCUGAUGUCUGGAACAAGUUCAAAGAACGAUUUGGAAUCCAAACCAUCGCCGAAUUCUACUCAGCAACCGAAGGUGCCGGCGCUGGCUGGAAUUAUUCAAACAAUGAAUUCAGCAAGGGCGCUGUGGGUCGGAAUGGAUUUAUCUACUGGCUCGUAUUAAGAAAGAAAUGGGGAGUUGUUGAAUUGGAUGUUGAAACGGAGCAGCCGUACCGCUCGAAAACUACAGGAUUCUGCACGAAAGUGCCAUAUGGAAAUCCAGGAGAGAUGCUGUACAAGCUUGAUCCUGCCGAUAUAACUUCGGGCUACCAAGGAUAUUUCAAUAAUCAAAAUGCUUCUGAUAGCAAAGUUCUAAGGAGUGUUUUCGAAAAGGAUGAUGCAUGGUUUCGAACGGGCGAUGUUAUGACGUGGGACAACGAGGGCAGAGUCUAUUUUAAUGAUCGAAUUGGUGAUACAUUCCGCUGGAAAUCCGAAAACGUAUCAACAAACGAAGUCGCAGAGGCUUUAUCCACCCAUCCAGCAGUACAAGAGGCAAAUGUAUAUGGAGUUUCUCUUCCUCAUCAUGAUGGGCGAGCGGGCUGCGUAGCCCUUAUUUUGAAGGAUCAAAGGCCAGAACUCAUGAAAGAAUUAGCGAUUCAUGUGAAAAGAAGAUUGCCGAGUUACGCGGUACCGGUAUUUUUGAGGGUGAAGAAAGAAGGCGAGGAAAUGGCGAUUACGGGGACGAUCAAGAUGGUCAAACAUGUUAUUAGGAAACAGGGGGUUGAUCCGAGGGAAAUCGAGGAGAGUGGGGAUCAGAUGUGGUGGUUGAGAGGAGAUGAGUACGUGAAGUUUGGGGAGAAGGAGUGGAAUGAACUGAAUGGAGGGAAGGUUAAAUUAUAG